AUGGUUGCACAUGCAACGGCCAGCGCGUCGCUCACACAGAAGUCCGCCGGACAGACAGACCCUGCUUGGCAACAAUCGCUGCUUUAUCAGCGCUUUGAGCGACUUACAGCAUACGACUGCAAUGUUGCAAUAAGCUCGUGCGUGCACGCAGCUAGCUGGUCAAGUGCACUGGUGCUUUUCCAUCGGCUUCAGAAGCAUCGACUACAGCCAGACACCAUUACUUUGAAUUCCGUCCUGGGGGCCAAGCGUGAGUGGAACCAAGCAUUGACCUUUCUCGCAGGCUUCCCAAUCCUGAGCCUGGAGAGGAGCAUCCUCAGCUAUGGGGCGGCCUUGCGAUGCAUCGGCCGUGCAGCAGAGUGGCGACAAGCAUCCCUGCUCUUGUCCCAGUUGGAAAAAGCGUCUCUACGGAAGAAUGUGAUCUGUCUGAAUCAGCUGGUCUCUGCUUCCAGCGGCACUCAGUGGGUUAAGGCCCUGGUCGUGUUUGGACAGUCCUUCCUUCAAGGUUUGCGUCUGAACCAAGUCAGCUGCACUGCCGUGGCAGCGUGUGUACCGCCGAGGGAGUGGCGCAGGCCUUUGCUGUGUUUGGAGCAGGCGAUGACGAAGCACCUUCGAGUUUCGGGGAUUUCGGUGAAUGCAGCUGUGAACUCCAUCGACAGCCGGGGUUGGCAGGGAGGUCUCCUGUUUCUGGCGCAGCAGUGGCAUGGAGUUUUCGUUGAUGCUCCGGCUCUCACCACGGCCUUAUCCAUUCGCUCAAAGGCAUCUGCAUGGCAAGCGGCAGUGCAGCACUUCUGGGCAGUGCAAGAGACGAUGCAAUGUGCUACCGCCAGCUGGAACGCGGCCAUGUCUUCGUACGAGCGGGGCUCAAGUUGGCAGCAGACUCUCGUCCUCUUCGUGGCGCUCUGCGCCAAGCAACGUGAUGAUGCUGUCAGCUUCGCGGCGGCCAUGUCCGCAUGCGCUGCGGGGGUGCAGUGGGAAGCGGCACUUUCUCUGCUUGCGUUGUUCAAGACGAAAGCUGGCGUCAGGGGCCUUGAUCUGUCCAACCUCCCCAUCCUUCAUGCGACUGCCGUAAGCGCCUGUGGACAGUGUGAGCAUUGGGAAAUGGCGCUUUGCCUGCUGGACAGCCUAAAAUUGGAUGUGCACGUGCCUGCCAGCAAUGCGGCCAUCAGCGCUUGUGAGAGGGCUGCCAUCUGGCAGCCAGCCCUUUGCAUUCUUUCCGAUUUGCAGCAUGCCCGGUUAGCAGACCUCAUCAGCUACAACAGUGCCAUGAGUGCCUGCUCGAAAGCUUGGUGCUGGCAGGUGGGCGUUGCACUUUUUUCCGAACUUGCGACAGUCCACAUUCCCCCCGAAGUGAUCACGCUAAACACGGUACUCAGUGCCUGCGCAGAGGCUGCGCUCUGGAAGCUUGCACUUCACUUUUUCCAACUUUUUCAAGCCAACGUCUUGCAGCACGAUGCCAUCGCACACACUGCUGUGAUUCAGGCGCAAGGCAGAAUCAGUCGCUGGCAAGGUGCCAUCGACAUGUUGACAGGCAUGGCCACUGAGAACAUAGAAUUGGACAUCGUGAGCUGUAGCAACGGUAUUUCUGCAUCGGAGCGUGGUGGGCAGUGGCUUCAAGCAGUGCUGCUGCGGGAUCUUUUGGGGAGGAGAUGCCUGCGACUGGACGUAACAUCUGUCAACUCCGCCAUCAGUGCCUGUGGCAGCGUGACCAAGUGGCGUGAGGCUUUGGAUCUGGCUAGACAUUUGGCGAUUUGCGACGUGCAGCCGGACAGCAUCAGUUGCAAUGCCUCCCUUGCAGCUUGCUGCCAGGCAGGAGACUGGAUGCUGACGCUCUCGUUGUUGAGGCAAAUGACUCUGUUCGGCGUCCCGGCCUCCUCCCCGGGCCUCUUGGCCGCCAUGGCGGCCUGUGCCGCUGCUGCCUUGUGGGAGGAGGUCUUGUCGCUGCUCUCGCAGGCAUGCGCUUUCAGAGCCGCGCCUGUCGGCCUCGCCCUGUACAAUUCAGCUCUGGUGGCUUGCGGGAAUGCUGGAGCCUGGCAGCAAGCCCUGGCCAUUUUGCAGCAACUCCCCGCUGCGGGUCUCCAAGCUGAUGCCAUCGGCUACAGCGCGAUGCUGCUGGCUGUGGAAGGCACCGACUGGGGUUCUGUGCCCGGCCUCCUCAAAGAGAUGGCUGAGAGGCGGGGCAGCCCCGAGGUGCGGCAGCAGCAGUGCGCCGCCCGCUUGGACUUUCGGAGAAUGCUGCCAGCUGCUCCGCCGCGUGCUGCACCCACCACGGCCGUCGUCGGCCAUCCCUCCUCAGCUGCCCCGGUCCGCCCGGGCAUCCUCCGAAACACUUGGAAGGUCGCCAACGAGGUCAUCUGGCCUUGCAGUUACGCCCUUUGCACCGCGCCCGUGCGUGCUGCCGCGCUGCUGGGUACUGCGCUGGGCCUUCGGCGGAACCGUCGGCGAACCUCGAGGAGGACAAGAAAGCGGCUGAGGUCCACAGGCUUACGCUGGCACACUCUGUGCAGCUUGACACCAGAAAUGUAUAUUGCUUACAGAUAUCGGCGACCUGCUUUCAGAUGA